UACUCCGUUUCUUUUCUGUAGUAUUAAUUAUUCUGGUAAUGGAACGUUACCAUUACUUUAUUGUCCUUAACUCUGUUGCCCAUUGAUUAUUUUUUUAACUUUGUAGAAAGCUGAUAAAGGAAGCUAAAGGACAAUUUCUAACUUCUGCUUUGUAUUCGUUAUCAAUUUCCCCUUUCUUUUACUUGUUAAAUAUAUUUAUAGCUGCUUUCACUUCCCCCUGUAAACAAGUUAAUUUAACUAGAACUGGUGCCUUUGAGGCUUUUUGAGCAUUUACUAAAGUGUUCUUAAAUGAUUUCCAGUUAUCAGUGAUUUUUCUACUUUUUCCUUCCAGCUGAUUUGGCUCAAUUUUUUUCAUCUUUGUUGCUUUUAAUAGGGCAAGUUUCACAAUAAGCUAUAUUACUGAUCUGGAUUUUUAGGUAUAGUUAUAUUCCCUUAUACUUAAGCUACCAUUAAUAUUAGUGCUAUGGUCAGUUCGUUCUUUAUCUAAUUUCCAUGUGUUGGCUUCAAUGCAUUUUGAAUUAGGAAAUCAUCUGUGAUGUUUAGAGGUUACAAGAAAGUUUUAUUAUGGGACUCAUGAGACUUCUGGCCAAAUUGACUUUCCCUGUGAGCAUUCACCUUUUUUUCCCUCAAAUAUUAUAAAUAGAUUCAUAAGGUGUCCAUCCUGUUUCUUAAUGUGAUUUUUGUGGUCGAUACCAGACACUAACUGUUAACCCCAUCUCGUGCUUUCUUGGGUCAUGAUUAAUAAGCAUUAAAGAUCACUGUGUUCUGACUUAUAAGUUAAGUGACUCAUCUUCGAAGUAGUGCCAUCCCCUCUCUUCUUUGUCCAUUCUAUCCUUAAAUAUAUUGUAACUAUUUUAACACUCCAGUUAUGCAAAUAAUCCCAUCACUUUUCAGUAUAGGUUGGACCUCCUUGGUCUGACAUCCUCGGGAACUUACAGGUCCCAGAUGAGGGAUUUUGUCAGGCCAGGGAGAGAAAUAUCUGCCCCAUGCUACUGGAACCCUCCAGCCCUAGAUUGCCCGCCAGCCUCCUGGCUACCUCCCUGCCCCACUGUCAUGCCAGGCUCUUUGCCCUGCUGUGGGGAGCCCUGCUGCAGGCGCACUGGGCUCCUGGUCCUGUCAGACGAUCGAUGUUGGACCAGGGAGUCCUGGUUAACAGAAGUUCAACCUGUAAUACCAAAUAGAUUAAAAUUGUGCUAAAAAUGAGCAAUUCCAGAUUUAUUCCUUUGUUAUCCUGGCUCUCAGCAUGAGUGUAGAGGCAAUUCAAGAACUUUUGUGUCUUUUUUGAUUCCUUCAUUUUUUUAACAGUAUUUGUUCUGAAUGCUCAUCUUCCACUUUUUUUACUCUUCUUGGUAUUGAUGUAACAUAAAUUCAUACCAUCUGUUGAUUGCAGCCAGCAUGUUAAAUCACUGUGUGUGCUCUCACUCAGAAGUAAAGCGGCCUUAGUUUGAUCAUAUUUAAUUUAGUGACCCUGAGAUGUGUUGGUAGAUAGGUUACAUGAGGCUGACUGAGACCUUGUUUUACUACUUGACCUUUUCCCAUUGAAAUAUGGUUAAUUUAAAAAAAAAUCUUUAUUCCUUUAUUGCAGAUUUUGAAGCUCCUUCAUAUUGUGGAUUAUAUGUUCAUAGAAGAAGUUUCAUAGAUCUCUUCAUAUUUUGUUUGCACUUGCAUAACUUCUUAAUGGCAGUUUGAUCAGCUCACAUGAGGAGGGCAGGGGGAGAAUGAUAGUAUUGUACGAAGAUGAGACUAGUGUUAUGGGCAGGGUGGGGAAUUUGGUUUAAAUCUUCAUCUGCGCACUCGAGUUUCUAGUGUACACAGACCAAAAGAGAGCAACAAGUUUCUCUGCUAUCUUGUGCAUGAAGACAUGAUUCUGUUGUCUAACUUUUGCCCAUUUCCCCUACACAGACUGCCUUGUCACUUUGUUCUUCAUUCUCCUACCUGGAUGUUGACUUGUCACCUAACCCUUUUGCAGUGGAUCUGUUGCCUGACUAUUUUGUUUCCCUCCUUGAAGGGACUCUUUUUGUGGAAUUGACUAGCAGUUCCUGUUUUUCUCUUUAAGUAGCUAGGUUGCCUUUUAUUUUUAGCUGCUUUUAUAGGAUUUUGUCUUUUCUCGACAAAUCAGUCCAGUGUAGGAUUGGACUGGUCCAAAAUAAUUGGUCAAAUAUUGUUAAAGAUAAAAAUGUUUUAAUUAUUAGAGUAGCACCAAAUGAGAAGGCUGACUUUCUAUAGGAUUAAUUUUAGUCUUAUGCUAAUAAGUGAGUUUUUUUUAAUUCAAGAAAAUGUAAAAUGCUGUGGAGUUCUGAAGAAUGGCACUAGGGUGCAGUCAAAAGGGUAGGCCACUGCCUGUGUUGGUGUAUUCUUACUGUAAUAUAUAACAGUAUGUGAUCUAUUGACACUUUACUCGACCAUUUUGUCAAUUCUAGUCUGAAUGCCUGUAAGAAGUGCCUGGAAAAAGAGUGGCAGUGGCAUCUUUUUUUAUGGGCCACCAGUGAUUUAGAGUAGUAUGAGUAUUGGAAACACUUAACUAAUGAGCUUUUGUUGUGAAAGGGUAGGGAGAUUUGGGAUUGGACAUGUAUGUAGCAGUUUAAAGUUCUUCUGUAGCGAGUGGCCCCACUAUGAGUAGGAAUUUCUAAAUACCUUGUCUCUGAAUUGAGAACUUCGUAAGGCAUCAGAAAACAAUAUCUUAAUCCGCAUUGGAGAGAAGGUAAACCUAUAUGUCUUCUUUCAGAGAACUUCAUAUUGAGAAAAUUGUUGUUUUAUUUCUAGAAAUUUUCCUUUAUAGAAAAUACCAAAUAUGCAUACAGUAGCACAAGUUUAUACUGUACACAAAGUGGAUUGUAUAGUCUUUGGAAGCAUUUGGGAAAAAUCUCAAGUUUCAAAUUCUAUGAAAUUAACAGACUUCAGAAUCUUAGUUUUUGCCUAAGCUUUUACAGAAAGAAUGUGUUGGAUAGUCAUUUGACUACAGUUUUGGGUGGUGGUUUGUGUGGGGUUUUUUUGUUUUUUUUUUUUUUGUUUUUUUUUGGGCAAUGAUGAAACUCAUAGCAUCUUAUAAUUCAGUUCUUGCCUUUCUAGGCUCUCCCUUUGUCACCUUUUUUUUUUUUCUGGUCUCUCUCUUUCAUUACCGGUUGUAUCCUUUAUUUUGCUGCACUUUGUGUUAUCCUUACUUUUCAAGUAGUCCCAAUUAAUUUAGUGUGAUUAAUGGUGGUGCAAGGUACUGUUUUCAGUGCAGGGAAAAGUGUUGCAGUCUGGAUUGCCUGUCCGUUAACACUGUCCGUUAACAGAAGUCAAUACGUGUGUGUGUGUGUGUGUGUGAGUGUGUGUGUGUGUGUGUUGUUGUAGUAAUGCAUGUCUUUGAGGGUGGGGGGGGGAGAACUGUUUCUAAGAGUCAUCUAGGAAGACAGUCUGGAAAUAGUAAAUGGGAUACAUUUACAUUUUAGCAAAAAACUUAUCUCUCGUCUUAAUGUGCCUAUUUUCCAAAAAAGGAUAUUACAUUUAUAAGUCUAGCAGCAAGCCUUUGGGCUGACAGCCAAGGACAUUCUUCACCAGUUGCCAGGGCAAAACACUCCUUACAAGAUACCUUCUUAACAGUCGAGGGCUGCUGCUGAAGUAAAUGAAACUUCAUACUACCACUGCAGUUCCAGUCUUCAAAUGACAUUAAAAACAUUGAGUUUUGAGCUGUUCCAUCUGCAGUGCAGCAAAAGAGGUUAAAGGUGAGAAGAAGGAAAAUGGAUUACUGAAGGAACUCUGAAAAAAGCCACAGAAAUUGAGCCUAAAGUCAUGAACUGAGAAAUGAACAUUAGAAGACAAAUAAGCUAUGCAGGCAAACAAAUUCAGAAUUGGCCACAGUAAGAGAAUUUGAGACACGAAUGGAAUACCAUGGCAGGAAAAAAUAAGGAUAAAGAAAACUAAACACUUAUCUGCUAUGUUCUAGUCUUUUAAAUCAGUUGAAUGGUAUACAUUUUAAAGCAAAUAUGGAAGAAUGAAGUGGAACACUGCUUCUUGAAAUGGAAGGAAGGGAAGAAACAUCUGAAAGAAUUCUUCUAGAGCCAUAUAGAUAUUUACUUCAACUGCCAGGUAAGCAAGUGAGAACCAAACUGUCACAGGCCUUUAAUCACUGGCUGAAUGUUCCAGAAGAUAAAAUACAGGUUAUUAUUGAAGUGACAGAGAUGUUGCAUAAUGCGAGCUUACUCAUAGAUGACAUUGAAGAUAACUCAAAGCUACGACGGGGCUUUCCAGUGGCUCAUAGCAUCUAUGGAAUUCCAUCCGUAAUAAAUUCUGCUAAUUAUGUGUAUUUCCUUGGGCUACAAAAGGUUUUAACACUUGAUCACCCAGAUGCUGUGAAAGUGUUCACUCGUCAGCUGCUGGAACUCCAUCAGGGCCAAGGCUUGGAUAUUUAUUGGAGAGAUACAUACACGUGUCCUACAGAAGCAGAGUAUAAAGCCAUGGUACUGCAAAAGACAGGUGGUCUCUUCGGAUUAGCUGUGGGCCUCAUGCAGUUGUUCUCCAAUUAUAAAAGAGACUUGAAACCACUCCUUAAUACACUUGGGCUCUUCUUCCAAAUAAGAGAUGACUAUGCUAACUUACACUCCAAAGAGUAUAGUGAGAACAAGAGUUUUUGUGAAGAUUUAACUGAGGGCAAGUUCUCAUUCCCGACUAUUCAUGCUAUUUGGUCACAGCCUGAAAGCACUCAGGUACAGAAUAUUUUGCGUCAAAGGACAGAAAAUGUAGACAUUAAAAAAUACUGUGUACAUUACCUUGAAAAUGUAGGUUCCUUCGAGUACACUCGACAAACUCUGAAAGAGCUUGAACGUGAAGCAUAUGAACAGAUUGAAUCUCUGGGGGGAAACCCUGAACUUGUAACACUAGUUGAGCAUUUAAGCAAAAUGUUCAAAGAAAAUGAAAAUUGACCAAUAAAUGAUUUGAUUUGUGGUUUGGGGAGAUAAAUGCUGGCUUUAAAAUUUAACCUAGACUUCCUUACAAAAUUGUCAAACAUAAAAAUGUUUAAAAUUAGUUACUAUUACUGUUGCAUUAUAGAAACUGCUAUAUUAAGUAAUUGUGGAGUAUUUAUAUGCAUCAAAUUCUCUACAGUUUUAAUUACAACUGCUUACAAAAUACUGCACAAAAAUAAACUUGAAUAGAUCUGUUAACCAAAAUUAACAAUUUUUACCUCUUUUCCUGUGAAUAUUUCAGUUGUAAUCUCCUCUGCACAAUCAGUGGUGUUUGUUUUAGUUACAUAGUUUGUGUCUUUGGAGCAUGUUGCAGACUUUAAUUUGAGAUGCGUUUGGCUACGUCUCCAUAUUAAAUUCAAUUUCUUCUUAGAAGCUUUUGGCAUUUUU